AUGGACUUGGGGUCAGACGGGGGAUUGCUUGAAGACGUAUGGGCUCUGACUGAUUCAGAAGAGCCCUGUGGUCAGGCGGAAGGAUACGGGCAAGAGAGAAGUGAUGAGCAUGCGUCCAACAACAGAGCCGUCCACAGAGACACAUGCAGAGACAUGCAGCCCACCUCAGGCUGCUGCAACAUCACUCAGUGGCUCUGCGGACGUGGGCCCAACAUCCUCUCUGGAGGGGUCCCCCACACCCUCCACACCUGCCAGGGACCCGCCUCCCACCAGCACCUCUCCGCCGCCUCCUCCCUCCGCCAGCAGGGCAGGCGGUAA